GUACAGACGGCCACGAUGAGUUCACAGUCACCUAAGUUUGCGACUGUUCAAAACUUGGAAGAGACUAAAUUCGAGACGCUGGGCGGACCUAUCACACCGACUGUGGCGUCACCAUUAAACAAGAAGCCUCCAGUCUUACAUACAGCACAGGUUGUCCUUUCCAAUGAAUCACAGAUUCACAUGGCCACGAUGGAAUUUGCCAAUGCAGAGCCCAAGCCGUCAACGGAGCACAAGAUUACCCAGGGGCGACCGAUGACACGAGCAGCAACAGCGGGUUUCUCAGGCCCUCCUCCACUCUCCGCCUUUGAUCUCAUGAAGUCGGGAAAGAUUCCGACAGGCUCAGAUGAGCGGAAAAUGACUCGAAGGCGUACACUUCCCUCCAUUCUUACUACACCACCGUCAACAGCGUCGACUCCUCAGGUAAGCAGCAAGACGACCACGCUGAAGCGACAUAAGGUUGUGGCAGUAGGGAUUGGAGGUGGCGGAAGCCGACUCUCUCCCGCUUCUGUUGCGCCGUUGGGAAAUCCGGCUGGUGAGAAGCACUUUGUAAUGCCUGGACUCUCCUCCAACUUGGACGACAUGCACCACAGCUCGGAAAACCUUGUGGAAACAUACAUUAUUGAGGAUGGGGUAAAGAAGCGGGUGCAACCAACUCGAGUUUCUGAAGCUGGCGGAUUGUUGGCGAAGGGCAACACUCCUAGUGCUGCAGGAACGCUUCGACGCGGACAUGCAGUCUCACCUGAUCGACGCCUUAAGGGUGGUGAGGACACUCGACGAUUGGCGGGCGGCACAGGCAUGCCACACCGACUGGAGACGGACUUCGAUACAGGCGAGUUAUUGCCUCUGCCAGACGCCUACAAGAUUGAGUCUGUGGGAAAUUUGCGAACGGGUGGGCUUGAGACGAGCAUGCCUGACGUCUCUAAGGGUGUUGAAGGCAUGUUGCUAAGCAAGGGUGGCCCUGGUACAUCUCGCCUUGGGAUCGGUGGUCUUCUCACUCGUGACGAAGUCUGUCGUCUUGGUCAGCAGCGCCGACAUGAACUGUUGCUUGAUCGGGAGCGCAAAAAGCGCGGCGAAAUCAUUAUCCGGCUGGCGGACAUCAAGUUAGUGUCGGAUGCAUUGUACUCAAGUUAG